AAAUACAAUUUCCCUCUCUCUAAUUUCCAAUAUUUUUUUUUCUUGAAGUCUCUCUCACUACCUAGCUUCCUCUCCCUUUCUUUGUCUCUCUUUUUCUCAUACAAAAGCUUAAAAGAGAAACAAAAAAAAGCUGAGGACAUCCCCAAAUUUUGCACACAUGCAAAUUCACCACCAUCCAUCCACUUUUCUACCUCUUCCCUCAAAAUCACCAUUCACCACACCAAAGGCCUAAACUUUAAGCAACCCAAAUCUCACCCUCUCUUUCAAUCCAUCCAUCUCAAACAUCAAAAAUAGAAAAAAAACAAACCCCAUUUUGCCAUCUCCAAAAAAAAACCCCCCAAAAUUCAUCCUUUCCUCAUACUCAUUUCUCAUUCCCCCCCAUUUUCAACCAAAAAACCCCACUCACCUCCCAAAAAUCCUCCCUUUCUCCAAACCCAUUUCUCAAAAUCAAAAUUGAACCCUAAAAAGAAAAAAAAAACAAAACAAGAAGAAAACAAAGAUUGUAGUUUUUUCCAUCUCCCACCUUCAAUGUGGCGACCGUGGGGAAAAUCAACGGUUCGGAUUCACAGUGCAUCUCCAUCACCUUCUUCCUCAUUCUCUUGUUCUUCUUUCAAAGACAUUCAAACCCUUUGUCUUGAAGAACCUCCUCAACUACCUUCACCUUCUUCACCAACCCCAAGAAAACCCGUUUUUCACCGAGUCCGACUCGCUAACUCGCUCCUCCGAACCUGGUCAAAUCACCUCCACCAACCACCCUUCAAAUUACCUAGGUCCCUCUCUCACCCCGUACCCGAACUAGACUCAUUACCAGAACAAGAACCAUCCCCCAAACCAAACUCCGAACCAGAACUAUCACCCGAACCUGAACCACCACACAAUGACAACCACGCGCCACGCAAACCUUCACCUCCCCCUUCAUCUCCUCCGCCGAUUUGUUUUCCGGGAACGGAACAGCGCGUGGUGAUAUACUUCACAAGCCUGCGCGUGGUGAGACCAAUCUUCGAGGACUGCAAAAGCGUACUCGCGAUCCUUCGUGCUUUUCGCGUUCAACUCGACGAACGAGACGUUUCCAUGGAUUCGUCUUUCUUGGUCGAAAUGAACCGGAUAAUGGGUCGAACCGGUUUAACAUUGCCACGUGUUUUUAUUGGAGGAAUAUACGUUGGUGGCGGCGAAGAGAUUAGACAGAUGCACGAGAUUGGCGAGCUCAAGAAGAUUCUCGAAGGUUUGCCCGCAGUGGAUCCAACGGAAUGCCACGUGUGCGCGGGUCACAGAUUUGUGGUGUGCGACGCGUGUAACGGUAGCAAAAAGGUAUACACCGAUAAAGCUGGGUUCAAAGUUUGCAAUGUUUGCAAUGAGAAUGGUCUUCUUAGGUGCCCCUCUUGUUUUUCUUAUGAUUUUAACAAUGAAAUUAAAAACUGAACAAGAAAAUAACUUCUUUUUUUAAUUUCUUUUUUUCUUAAUGGUUAGGUUCUUUUUUUUGGUUAAUUAGUUUUUUUUUUGGGGUGUAAGAUUAACAUUAUGUAUAGGUCCAUUAGACGGGGGAUUGGAGAUAGAUAACAAACAAUGUAUGUUAUGUGAGUAUCUCUAUGUCUCCCUUUGGAAUGGUUAAUAUUUUCAAGACCAUAUAUUAGCUAACUUGUUUUGCAUUUUACCCCUCAACGUGUAAUUUUUUUAAUAUAAAAAAGUUGUGUAUAUUUUAACUUU